AUGAGGCUGAUCAACGUUGACACCCGGCUACUGGAGGACUAUGUCGGCAACAGCCGUCCCAAUUAUGCCAUCCUAUCACAUACUCGGGAGGAAGAGGAGAUGACCUACGCUCAGGACAUCGGGGGCGAGUUCAAGCAGAUGAAGGGCUUCGGUAAGAUUAAUAUGACUUGCCGCAUAGCCAAAGGGCGGGGCAUAUCGCAUGGCAGUAGUGCGGAGCUGUCUGAAGCCAUCAACUCGAUGUUUCGGUGGUAUCGUGGCGCGCUGGAGUGCUACGCGUAUCUGUCAGAUUUGCACUCUGGGGCGGAUUGGAAAAAGGACUUCCCCCGAUGCCGUUGGUUUACUCAAGGAUGGACAUUCCAGGAGCUGAUUGCUCCUCGCUACCUCUCCUUCCUCGACUCGAUAUGGGAUACGACGAGACGCGGAGACCAUCGCAGCAGAUCAUAUCUAGCUCCACUUCUGUCAAAUAACCAAUUUCGAUCAGAUCGAACAACUACAAAAUUGGAAGACAUGGCGUACUUUUUGCUAGGUAUCUUCGAUGUCAAUAUGCCCCUGUUGUACGGCGAGGGCGAAAAGGCCUUCAUUCGGCUACAGGAAGAGAUAAUGCGAUCAGUGGCCGAUUUGAGUAUUCUCGCAUGGAGUUAUUCACCGCCGCUUUGCAGCACCAGCAAUGACCACCUGCCCUUAACCGUCCACAACGGCACCGGGAAAUACACCAAGCGCCUCACUGGGGUGUUGGCCACUUCCCCAGGAUGCUUUCGGCAUCACCAACGUCGGGAUCAAAUUACGUGCAAGAUUGUAUCUCGACGGUGUCAAUCGAGUGCUCUUACUGCCACUCAAUUGUACAACAUCUGUUUCAGGGCCUGA